AUGGGGAAACUCGCCCUUGCUAAGCCCCAGGAUGAGGCUGGUAAAGCAUGGCCUGCCAUCGCCGUGGGCUUCUUUGUAGCCUUUGGUGGUGUUCUUUUCGGCUAUGAUACAGGCACUAUCAGUGGCAUCUUGGCCAUGCCCUACUGGCAGCGCGAGUUCAGCACUGGUCACGUCGAUGCUAACGGAAACCCCAACGUCAGUUCCUCUCAGGAGUCUGCCAUCGUAUCGAUCCUGUCUGCGGGCACUUUCUUCGGUGCCCUUGCCUCUCCUCUCUUGUCUGACUGGAUUGGCCGUCGCCCUGGCUUGCUCAUCUCGACCUGGGUCUUCAACCUUGGAGUUGUCUUGCACACUGCCGCUACUGAUAUCCCGCUAUUCCUCGCUGGUCGAUUCUUCGCUGGCUUUGGUGUUGGUCUCAUCUCUGCAACUAUCCCCUUGUAUCAGUCCGAAACAGCGCCUAAAUGGAUCCGUGGUGCAAUUGUCGGUUCCUACCAGUGGGCCAUCACCAUUGGACUUCUACUUGCUGCUAUCGUGAACAACGCCACUUCCAAACGCGACGACUCAGGCUCCUAUCGAAUUCCCAUCGCAGUUCAGCUACUUUGGUCACUGAUUCUCUUCGGCGGAGUGCUCUUCCUCCCUGAGACGCCCCGCUUUCUGGUCAGGAAGAACAACUUGGAGAAAGCAGCAAAGUCAUUGAGCCGCCUUCGAAGAUUGACCCACGAUUCUCCAGAGAUCACACAGGAGCUGAAUGAGGUUAUCGCGAACCACGAGUUUGAGAUGAAUCUCGGUCGUUCGUCGUACCUGGAAUGCUUCAAGCCCCCCAUGCUCAAGAGGCAGUUGACAGGCAUGGGUCUUCAGGCCUUACAGCAGCUGACUGGUAUGUUCCUCUCCUUCUAUUACGGCACAAAGUACUUUCAAAACUCGGGUGUUUCGAGCGGAUUCGUCAUCUCUAUGAUCACUUCAGCCAUCAACGUCGCGUCCACAGUUCCCGGAAUGUAUGCCAUCGACAAAUGGGGACGCCGACCGAUGUUGCUAUGGGGUGCCAUUGGCAUGUGUACCGCUCAGCUCAUUGUUGCCGUUUCUGGUACUCUGUCAACUGGGCAGUAUGAUAAUGGAGACAUUUUCGUCAAGAACAUGGGCGGACAGAGAGCAGCUGUGGCUUUUGUCUGCAUCUACAUCUCUAUCUUUGCAGCUACCUGGGGCCCUCUCGCUUGGGUUGUGACGGGUGAGAUUUUCCCCCUCAAGACGCGUGCCAAGUCUCUCAGUAUCACGACGGCUACAAACUGGCUACUCAACUGGGCUCUGGCCUACUCCACCCCGUACAUGGUCAACUACGGUGACGGCAACGCAAACCUUCAGUCGAAGAUCUUCUUCAUCUGGUUCGGCGCUUGUUUCCUGUGCAUCGCUUUCGUUUGGUUCUUCAUUUACGAAACGAAGGGGCUCAGCUUGGAGCAAGUCGACCAGCUCUACGAGGAAGUUUCCGUUGCUCGUAAGUCGGUUCAUUGGAUUCCUUCAACUUCUUGGGAGCUUCGUCAGGAUCACAAGACCGGUGAAGUAGGCAAGGCGGAGGAAGUUGAUGAGGGAGCUUAG